AUGAUAAACACGGCAUUCCAGUUCACAGAGUCGCGCUCAGGAUACACCAGCCGUCUUCGGCUAACCAGCCUGCAGAACCAAGCAGUGGGGUUCAAGUUCAAGACCAAUUCACCACAGAAAUUCCUAGUCAAACCGGUGGUUAUAGUUAAGAGCACCAGUCCGAUUACGGAUUCGGAUAGAUUUCUUAUUCAGACCGUUGCUCUGGAAAUGGACGAAGCAGAGGUCUUGAUUCAGCAAAGAAUAAUGGAGGACCUGAUCCACUGCACAUUGGGCCGACGCCGGUCAUCAAUAUCGUCGCAGGGGUCGUCUCCGCACGGCACACCGCUGGUUUCGGUAUCCCACUAUGAUCCGUAUGCGCAGAAGCAGGAGUACGCGGGGGCUUCGUACCAGCCAUUGGGCGAAAACACGGAUACCACAAUGGCGGUUGCUUUGGCUAAGCGGUUCUACCAAGUGCUGCCCGGGAUUGACGUCGCCGACUGGUCAUGGCUGGAGUUUGCAAAGUUUGUGCUGACGUGUAUUUUGCUGGGUUUCAUGUUGCCGGCAAUUCGGUAUGCCAUUUGGUAACUCGGCAAAAAAACAAUCCGGUAUUCUAUUUAAAAUAACCAUCCACCCCCACCACCACCACAUCCUCUCUUUUCUUUUUCUAAUUUUUAUUGUACUUUACCUAAUCUCUAUUUCAUUUAUUUAUUUAAUCAAU